ACUUCCUGGUUGCGCGCCAUGCGUGUUGAUGUGCUUCUACACGUUUCUUUUGCAAUGUAAGUUUAUUAUUAUAUAUUAGAGCAGUGUGACAUAAAAUAAAUUACUAGUUGUGUUUGGGACGCUUUAUUUAAAAGUCAUAAAAAUAGUAUUUUCAUAAUACUAUGUUUUUUUGACUGCAAACAUCCCAAUCAGUUUACAGUUUGUCUGAGGAGGCUAAUGAUAGACUGCAAAGCCUCACAUCUCUGUUAGACUUUAAUGUAUAAUCUCUCUCCAAUUCUUGGAAGAUAGUCAUGGCGAAAGACAAAACAUUAAAAUCAAAAACAAACGGAGAAAGUCGUAAACGUAAGAAGGUGCAUUCAUUUGUCAGCGAGGUUCAUGUAGAAACAGUCACGGAUCAAAAAGUGAAGAAGAAAAGGAAAAAGCCCAACUUUGAGGAGGCUCCACCACAGAUCACUGGUGAACAAAUCACACCAAGCGAUAAAAAACAGAAGGACGGGAAACGCAAAAAGAAACAAAAGCAAACAGAGGAAACCAAGAUUUCAGAUCCACCCAGUCAGUCAGAGGAGGCACAUCAUGUGCACGAGGGAGAGGAGGACCUGAGCCCAGAGGAACAGAGGGUCUUAGAGAGGAAGAUGAAGAAGAUCCUUAAAAAGGAAGAGAAGAAGAAGCUGAAGGCAGAGGGCAAGACCGUCCAGAAAGCUGAAGUGUCCGGGCCUGCAGCACCUCAGCAGGCUUUAGACUACCUCACCUGCUGGGCUGAAAACCGUACAGAGUGGAAGUUUCAAAAGACCAGACAGACGUGGUUACUGCAGCACAUGUUUGACUCUGACAAGAUUCCAGAUGACAAGUUCUCCAUGCUGCUCGAGUACUUGGAGGGGCUUCGCGGUGGAUCGAGGGACACCACAGUACAGAAGGCUUUAACUGUGGUCCAAGAAUCAGGACAGGAACCAGAGGACAGAACUGUCCAGCAGAGGGCGCAAAGAGCCAGAGAAGUCAUCCAGCUGCUCUCCUGAUCAUCAUGCUCACCGGAAAGAAGAUUGAACUGUGUUUGCAGAUCAGCAGACUGAAUAAUUAACCCGAUGAGACAAAGACUCAAACUCUUUUUUAUAUUAAUUUAGGUUGUUUGUAUUUGUCUGUUGGGAAAGGAGGAGUUUUGAUGUCACACAUUUGUUUAAAUGUGUAAGAAAAUGCAGACUAAAAUGUUAAAUCUUAGCUUUUUUUGUGAGUUGCACUUGCAACAUGUGGUGUACAGAGGACGUUAUUGAAAUUUUACUUAUAUUCAAAUACUAAGAUUUAUAAAAGCACAGCCCUAUGUGCAGUUAAAAGUCUGAGGAAUGUUUGUAGUCGGGACAUGUUUGUACGUGUCAAGGCACAUAUUCUGUGGAGACACCAAUGAGGAUAACUUUUUUUCAUUUACUUACUGUGAAACAAUGAACAGGUUUUGCUUUGACCCCUCAGUAUGGCAUCUGUUUCAAGUAGUAUUUGUUCAUCUAUGAAUCAUCAUUAAUCUAUAAAUUCCAACUUCUUGAGAAAUACAUUGAAGUAUUUGUAAAUCAAAACUGUCAAUUUUGUUUUUACAUUUUGAAUCUAAAGAAAUAUAACCUUUGUGUCACAAAUGGGCACAAGGAACAGAGCAUCAUAAAAGGAGUCAGAGUCAGAAAAUGUUUUGCCUCUUGAGUACAUUUCCACUCUAUAUGCAAAUAAACGCUGAUGAAUUCA